AUGGCUGCACUCAGGACGCCUGGGUUCUCUAGAUGGAGAGUCUUAAAAGGGAAGGAGGAGGGGCAGCUCUCUGCUAAGGCGAUCAAUAGCGCACUCGUCCAUACCCGCCGGGCACUGCUGCUGCUUUUGCUGUCCAAGGUCCUGAAAUCCAGCGCUGCGUCCCUGCGUUACGUGCCUGCUUGCCUGCCUGAUUACGAGGAAAGUCCCCGAGGGGCUGCCGCCCCCUCCCUCCCGCCUCGCCAAGCUGUUGCUUUUCUGUCCAUCAAGCGUUCCACAAUGAAUGCAGCCCGGAGGUCAGCCAAGGUGGACUCGGAGGUGACAGAGUCCCAGAUGGAACCGUCCCUCAAUGCCACCGAAAUGCCCACCAAAGAGAACGUUUUUUCUGACUUGAAAGACAAGUUCAUGAACAAGCUGGGCGCCCUGCCAAUCCCGCCCUGGGCUUUGGCCACCAUCCUCAUAGUGGCCGGCCUCCUCCUUCUCUGCUGCUGCUUCUGCACCUGUAAGAAAUGCUGUGGCAAGAAGAAGAAAGGGAAGAAAGGCAAAGACAAAGUGAAGGCCCAGAUCAACAUGAAGGAGGUGAAGGAACUGGGCAUGAGCUACAUCGACAAGGUCCAGCCUGAGAUAGAAGAUUUGGAUCCAUCUCUGCUGCAGGAGCCCAAGGAAGAAAAGCCCCAGGAGAAGCUGGGGAAACUCCAGUACUCACUUGAUUAUGACUUCCAAAGCACCCAGCUGGUGGUAGGCAUUCUGCAAGCUGCUGACCUGCCAGCCUUGGACAUUGGGGGCACCUCGGACCCUUACGUCAAAGUCUUCCUGCUCCCAGAGAAGAAGAAGAAAUAUGAGACCAAAGUGCACCGCAAAACCCUCAACCCCACCUUCAACGAGUCCUUCACUUUUAAGGUCCCCUACUCGGAACUGGGCGGCAAGACCCUCGUCAUGGCCGUCUAUGACUUUGACCGCUUCUCCAAGCACGAUGCCAUUGGUGAGAUACGCAUCCCCAUGAACACGGUGGACCUGGCCCACGUCAUUGAAGAGUGGCGGGACCUGCAGUCGGCAGAGAAAGAAGAGCAUGAGAAGCUGGGAGACGUCUGCUUUUCUCUCCGGUAUGUCCCUACGGCUGGGAAGCUGACAGUGAUUGUGCUAGAAGCGAAAAACCUGAAAAAAAUGGAUGUGGGGGGCCUUUCAGACCCCUAUGUUAAAAUCCAUCUCAUGCAAGGAGGGAAACGUAUCAAGAAGAAGAAAACAACCAUUAAGAAAAACACACUGAAUCCCUAUUACAACGAGUCGUUCAGUUUUGAGGUGCCAUUUGAACAAAUCCAGAAAGUCCAGGUUGUUCUGACGGUCCUGGAUUAUGACAAACUGGGCAAAAACGAAGCCAUCGGGAAGAUCUUUGUGGGCUGCAACGCCACGGGGGCCGAGCUGCGCCAUUGGUCUGACAUGCUGGCCAAUCCUCGGAGACCCAUUGCGCAGUGGCACACCCUGCAGCCUGAAGAAGAGGUGGAUGCGGUUGUUGGCAUAAAGACCUCUUGAUGCCCCUUCCUUGUUGGCCGAAGGAUCUGGCAGCAGUUGCUUCUCCCGUCCAGAGCGAAUGGGAGUGUGUGGUUGAGGCAGCCCUGAAAAUGUGCACGUGUGUGGGGAGGGGGAGAGCCUGUGAGCCUGUCUCUUCUCUCAGAGCCAUUUCCUGUUGAAAAAAAAAGAAACAUCUCCAAGAGAGUGAAAAAAACACCCCUCUGUUUUUUAUCCACUGUGUGAAAAAAGAAGGAAGCUAGCUUACAUAGCAGCUUAAGACAGGUUAGAGAUUUACUAUAGGUUUACUAUGAGGCUUACAACACAACUUGCACAGGUGUAUAUUUUUGGGUUGGUUUCUCCCUUGAAAGCUGAACCUUAUGUGCCAGGCAGGCUUACGUUUUGACAAAGCGAUCUUUACAUUAACCAUGCCAUCUUUGGGAAAACCAGCCUCAAAUAAACCUACUGUUUAUCUUUUUUUACCUUUGAGUAUACUAUAGGUCCAUUGCAGCUUUCUUUAAAGGACACCAUUUCAUAUACAUUUUGGGUAUUGUACUCUGGUGCCAUGUUUAAAAUCAUAUGUAAAUCUAUUGCAAACAAUGCCUACAAAUGUGUUUAUAAUAGAUUUACAAAAGAGCUGUGGCAAACCCGGUUCUCUGAUAAUAUUAACUUUUGGACACUGCAUUAUAAUACUGAUUUAGGAAGCUAGAUCUUAGGUGGAAACAUACCGGAAAUCGUUUAAAACCUAGUUUGAUGCAUGGUUUGAAAAUGCAACUUGACCGUGGCUCUGCACAUGAUGAUUAAAAUAGCUUUACAUUUCUGGCCACUGUGUUAUGAAAUAUUUAAAAUUUGGUCCUCCUUUGCAGUUGAAACUGCCUAAAACAGCUUAAUCGGGAUAAGGUUGCAAAUAUGCUGUGUGUGGACUUCAUGUAUAAAACGUAUUGUAGUAUAUCCUAAUUAUUUUAUUACAAAAUGUUCACAUACUUAUCUGACAUAUAAAAAUUAGCCGUCAUUGGAGAACUACUGUGGAUAUGUUUACUAGCAUAUAUUUACUAUAGGGUGCCCCCUUCCCAAAUUACAACAGUUUUAUGGAUGUUGAUGUUAACAGAGAUUUAAGCAUCAGCCAACGUAUUAAUGAAGCUGUUCGUAUAUAGCUUAUUCUACUUCAUAUUGACUUAAUUUGGAGUUUUCUAACAGUUUUGACAGAACCAUGUAUCCGUUUUACAGCACAUGCUUUACAACUUAUUUAUGAAAUGUUUGAUAUGAGUGUUAGAGAAAAUUUGCUAUAGGCUUUAUGUAGACUUACAGCAGGUUAACUACAGAUUUACUAGUGAUUUACUAACCAACUUAAAAUAAUUUUGCUAUGUUACAACAUGUUUACAUUUUUGCUACAAGCUUACGACUGGUUUAUUAUAAAACUGCAACGGGUUUACUGUUUGUUAGCAACCAGUUUGAUGCAUUUUAUAAAUG